UACCUCUGAAGAUAGACAACAAAAAAAAAGCCGCGUCCGAAAGCGCUCGGGGCAGCCAGUGCUGCUACCACGCAACACACGCACCCAUGGCCGACGCCGACGCCGUGGCCAAGAAGGCCGCCAUCGAAGCUUUACUCUUCAGCCCCACGCCGAGCGAGGAGCAGGCUAGACAAGAGGAGCCGCGGCGCACGUCGGAGAGCGAUUUGGCGGCCUUGCAGGCUUCGUUAGGGGUUGUGGAUCGGGAGUCUCGUCCUAGAUCAACAGCUAGGUCUCGAAGGCGGUCCCAAGCGAGACAACGAUCUUUAUCUAGAAGUAGAAUUGAUGAAGCCACGGUGUUGGCCUCCAAAGAAGCCUUGCAACGAGACGUCGAAGCCCUGGAAGAGGGCCCGCGGCGCCGGCGAGAGCGCAUCCAGAAAAGACCGUCGCGGACGCCCUCGCCGAAAACCGAGUUCCUCCACGAGAGUGAGUCGCCGACGGAGCGCGUCAUCAAGACGAUGCCGGGCUCGCCGCGCGCCGAGGACAAGGCCACGUUCUCCGUCGUGCUGAUCGGGGCGAAAGGCUCUGGGAAGACCGUGGCCUGCCGGACGUACGCGCGCGGCUUCUCGGAGCUGCGACCGGCGCCGACGCUAGGCGUCGAGGCCUACAUGACGCAGGCGCCCAAAUCUCUCAAAGGUCUAGCUCGGGGCGUCAAGAUCUGGGACACGUCCGGCGACGAUCGCUUCGCGAAGCAAACGAAUCAAUUGGUCAAAGUGGCCGACGCGGUCCUCGUGCUGUAUAAUCGUGCGUCAUCAGAAGCCUUCGCCGACGCUACCAACAGGUUAUUGCGGGCGACGGCGGAGUCGCCCCCAAAUGCCAUUGUGGUAUUGGUCGCGACGUCCCUCGAAAAGAACGUGGACGACGACGUCGAGGCGCGGGAUCUGGCGCUGAGCGCGGGCGCGGACUUCCGGACGUUGCGCGUGGCGGACCGCACGGCGGUCACAUCGUUGUUCCGGGACGUCUUGCUCGCCGCGGGCGGCAAGCGGCGCCUCGCGCGGCCGGUCCUCGAGGACACGGAGCUCCUCGUGUCGUCGCGCGCGCGGGAGGUGCUCUGCUACGGCCUCGGGCUGGUCGUGCUCUUCCUAGUAGUCUUGCUGGACGCCUAAUAUUCGGGUUUCUCUA